GUCUUAAGCCCAAUCCCCUAGAUCAGCCCCAGAUCAAGCUUGAAGUUCUGGCCAUCCCAAAUUAAGCAACUUUCUUGCCCAUUCCCAAUCCGUACACGGGAUCCUGCAUUGCUGCGGAGUAUCUCCAAAGCUAAAGCUUCGCUUUUGCUCUCUCUUUCCCGCAUGGCGCGUGGCUUUUCGCGUCCACUUUCUUAUCUCCUGCAUACUGAUGCGAAGGUCGCUUAUUGUCAAAGAGGCCUUUCUGGCUUGGGCGACCGGUAAAGUUUAAGAUUUCAUAUCAGGCGGAGGUCGUAUAUAAGGAGGGAGAUGGUCGGGCUGGCGGGGGUGAUGAUCUUAUUCUUGUUAUUGUUAUCAGCUUCCGAUUCCACCUUGACUACUUGACGUACUCGUCGCUAUACAAUUUCCUCGGUUGAGAGUUGGCCUCUGUUCAUCUCGCUGUCCCCAUCACAGCCUUUAGUCGCAUCAGACAUUCCUCCUUUCCCUGAGACUACCGUCACGAUGGGACUCGACACGUCCACCGAAAAAGAUAUACAAACGAGCAGCGGUUCGCCCAGUCAUGACCACGAGGCCGGCGAAAUCGCCAGCAUCGGCGAGCGCGAUGAGCUACACCAUCUUGGCUAUGAGCAGGAGCUGCACCGUAAUCGAUCGGUGCUCACUCUUCUCUUCCAAUCGCUCGCUAUCGCAGCCAUUCCCUACGGCGAGGGCAGUGCCCUGCUCAGCGCCAUCUACGGCGGCGGUCCCCUCUCCAUCUUCGUCGGAUGGAUAGUCGUCUGCGUACUUGAUCAAUGCAUCGCAAUGUCCCUCGCCGAGCUAGCCUCACGCUAUCCCACCUCCGCAGGCCCCUAUUACUGGUCCUUCCAGAUCGCACGCAGCAGUAAAACAACCGUCUCCUUCAUCAAUGCCUGGAUCUGGCUCAUAGGCAACUGGACCAUCACCCUAUCUGUCAACUUUGGCUUCGCAUCUCUUCUCUCCGCCACAAUCUCCAUGUACCAUCCCGACUGGAGCGCAAACUCCUGGCAACUCCUCCUCAUCUUCUACGCCGUAUGCCUAGGCAGUCUAGUCAUCUGUACUUUUGCAAACAAGUACCUCCCUCAGGUGGACAUUGCCUGCGCCACCUGGACCGCCCUAACAAUCAUCGUCAUCCUAAUCGCCGUCUCCGUCAAAGCUGAUGCAGGCCGUCACUCCGCCUCCUACGCUCUAUCUCACUACGAUACCUCCUUCGCCGGCUGGGGCAGCUUUACCUUCUUCAUCGGCCUCCUCCCAGCAGCAUACACCUUCUCCGCCAUCGGCAUGGUCUCCUCCAUGGCCGAAGAAGUCGCCCAACCAGCGAUUAAAGUGCCCCGCGCAAUCGCCCUCGCUAUCCCAGUCGGCUUCAUCGCAGGCCUCCUCUUCAUCAUCCCACUCUGCGUCACCCUCCCCCCUCUCGAAGAAAUCAUCAACUCCCCCGGCGGCCAGGCACUCCCCUACAUCCUGCACCGAGUCAUGGGCUCCCCAGGCGGCGGCUUAGGCCUCAUCUUCCUAGUCCUCAUAAUCACCCUCUUUUGCAGCAUAAGUAUCACCGUCGCCGCAAGCAGAGCAACCUGGGCCGCAGCCCGCGACGACGCAAUCCCCCUCGCAAAGCUCUGGGCCCGCGUACACCCCGGCCUCGGUGUCCCAGUCUGGUCCCUCAUUCUUCUUACCCUAAUCCAGAUGCUGCUGGGUUUGAUCAAUCUCGGGUCAACCAGUGCGUUUACCGCGUUCGUGUCUGUCGGUGUUAUCGCGCUUGCUGCGGCGUAUGCGGUCCCCAUCGCGUUGAGUCUGUAUCAUGGUCGUGAGGAGGUUUCCAAGGCGCCGUGGAACUGUGGGAAGGUUGUGGGUGUGACUGUGAAUGUGCUUGCGUUGGCGUGGAUUGCGUUUGAGUUGGUUCUGUUUAGUAUGCCGACUGCUUUGCCGGUGACGCCCGUUUCGAUGAAUUAUGCUUCGGUCGUGUUCGUUGGCUUUAUGGCUAUUUCGGCGGUUUGGUAUGCUGUUUAUGCUAGGAAGCAUUACAAGGGUCCACCCGAGUCGGAUGCGUUGUAGCGGAGGUGGAAUUUCGGUAUAGUUAUCUUGCACAUGUAUGUUUUGGGCCAUAGCGGCAUAUAUAGUCAAUACAAUAUUUCAAACCUGCUUCGUUGGUUCUCACUA